UCAUCCAACCAGCAGAUCUCACAGUAACAACGAGCGAGCUCAGUUUGCCCUUUCACCUCAGACCAUCCUAGAUUGACACUGCCUGGGCCUCACAGCUGCUCUCAUCCCCAAAAAUGUUCAACACGCGUGCUCUCGCUCUAGGCGCCGUAGCGCUUCUCGCGCUCACUUCGGGCUCCGUGCUCGCCAAAGAUCCUCCCAAAGAACUUCAAGUCGGCGUCAAGCACAAGCCUGCAGAGUGCAGCAUCAAGUCGGAGAACGGUGAUAAGCUUAGCAUGCACUACACUGGCAAGCUUUGGAAUGGUAAAGAAUUCGACUCUUCGAUCCCCCGGGGAGAGCCAUUCACAUUCACGAUCGGUGUUGGUCAAGUGAUUGGAGGUUGGGAUCGAGGAUUACUAGGCAUGUGCAUUGGAGAGAAGCGCAAGCUGCAAAUUCCGCCUGAGCUUGGCUAUGGAGAGCGCGGAGCUGGAGGGACAAUCCCAGGAGGAGCCACGUUGGUCUUCGACGUUGAGCUCAUCGGAAUCGAGGGCCCAGGCGCAGAUGCGAGACGAGCAGCUGCCGACAAAAGUUCGAUUGCCGAUUCGGUUAAGGCUGGUAUGGCUGCUGCUGCUGGCAAAGCAGCCAAGGCAGCUGGCAAAGUGGUCAGCGGAGAAGACUCGGAAGGCAGUGUCGAGGCUGUGGUCAAGGAAGCUUUGAAUGGGGACGAUGAGCCUGCUGCGCUAGUUCACGAGGAGCUGUAGGCGGUCCUUCGGAUAGGAGAGUCAGAAGCAGGACACAUGUGGAUGAAUGCAUUCGCGAUAAAUCUCUACUCCGUAUCGUGCUCAGCACAGAGUGUCAGAGGCCCGCUGUCUCGAUGUCUAACAGGUUCAAAAAUCACGCCAAUGUUGUCUUUGCCGGUCCGACAGGAUCAGACGAAUCCUGCUCAGCAAUAGCAGCACACCUGCACGUCUUCUCG